AUGGGCUCCUUGCGAGAGCUAACGGUAUCUUGUUCUUGCGGCUCAGCAACCCACACCUUCGAGAUACCUGUCUCUGAGCUUCCGCUUGCUUCACAAUUCUGCAGCUGCGAUACCUCACGCCGGAUUUCAGGCUCUUUACUGACUUCGUACAUCAACAUCACGCACAGUAAAUCGGCACCGAAGCCAGACCUCUCGGCCCUCACACCAUACCACAGCUCCGACAGACUAAUCAGACAUUUCUGCUCAACAUGUGGGACACACAUGUACCUUGAGUAUCACAUUGACGGACACUUCGAAGCUGCAACUGGCACACUACAAGCCGAUAGCACGCAAGAAGUUGUGGAGUACCAGAGCUGUAUGUGGAUCGAAGACACGAAAGAUGGAGGCGCCAGCGACUGGCUUACAAGCAUUGACGGGAAAGUCUUAAAAAAGUGGACACAGGAGGCCGGAGAGAGCGACGAGAUACUACUCGAUCAUUACAGCACUUCGCCGAAUAGACUCGAAUCAGCCCAGAAGCCCAUACGUGCACACUGCCACUGCAACGGCGUUGCAUUCUGGAUCCAACCUCCAAACGCCGCCUCGAAAACCGCACGUUCAGACUUUCCAGACCUGCUGAUUCCAUACCAUCUCGGUCGAAACGCGUCAGCAAAUCCCUCCAAUGAUCCAUGGUGGCUUCACGAUCACGGUACCAAGUUCCUCGCCGGGACUUGCACUUGUAACUCCUGUCGCCGUGCCUCAGGCUUCUACAUCACGUUUUGGGCUUUCGUACCCACUGCCAACAUCUUCCUCGACUCAGACCUUACUCGACCGUUUCCAUCAUACGAUUCUGGACACUCGAAUGAGUACUGGGGUAGUAUAAAAACUCACCGCAGCAGUGACGGGGUAACGAGGGCAUUCUGCCGCAGAUGCGGUGCAAACAUAUUCUGGGAUGGCGGGGCAGAGAAGGGAAGGGAUGGACUAAUAGACGUAGCGGCCGGGCUGUUGGACGCAGAGAGUGGAGCAAGAGCCGAAGAGCUGUUAUCUUGGUGGACAGAUAGGGUGAGCUUCGCAGAAUUUGCGGUGAAUAAGAGUUUAGCAGAAGCCCUAGGCGUAGGACUGCAAGACUGGGAGACGAGAAAGGGUGGUAAAGGCGCUGCCGUUAUCGAUUCCAGACACUAA